AUGAAGCCCGAGGACUGGCCACCAGCACGCGGACUAUUGGACUCGAGCUAUUUCUGGCCAGCUAGAUCUCAACUCCUCCUUACAAUGCCUCUCGUCUCCAACAGGCCCGACUCUAACACUCGUGUCUAUCAGGGACGACACAUUACGACGUACUUUGAGGAUGUGUACCUCGUACCUCUGCCUUGCUGGCUCUUCCUUCUAUAUACAGCCCUCUUCUUCUUCUUGAUUGCCCGAGGUGGAGGCCACGAAAGGGGCAAGCCCGCCGUCGACCAUGACCAACAUCGUCCCUCUCGCGUUCGCUCGAUCAUCCAAAAGGCCAUAACUGCACUCAUCAUCUUCUUUACCUUCGGCGCACUUAUCCUCACAAUUCUAGAGUUGAUUCGUCUCACUCAAAUCAACUGGGGCGUCGGCCUACUUCCCUUUGUCCCAGUAACCAUCUUUCUCGCAACCCUCUUCUUUCUUCUACGAAAUCGCCCGCCAAAGGCUUAUACAUACCGGAGCAAGUUUGCUGGCUCGUACAGAGCCAGGGUCGGGGCAUGUGUCUACAUCUACUGGGUCUUUCAAAUUGCCGUUCUUGCGGUCAAAUUGAGCACCCUCAUCAGGUUGAAGCGCGAUUAUCCGAGAACUGGGACCGUGUAUGAGACAUUCCACCAGAUCAACGAUGUCGCCCUGACGAUUGGUUGUCUCGCGGUCAUUUUCAUUCUUGCAAUCAUCGGAAUGGCGCUUGAAAGGCCAUCCAAAUGA